CACGGACGUCACAGUCAGGCGACGGAAGUUGCGUCGUUGAGUCGCAUCGGCAGAAAUGGCUGGUUUGAUCAAGAAGACCACAGGCUUGGUUGGCCUUGCUGUCUCCCACAAUCCACAUGAGCGUCUUCGGAUUCUGUACACAAAGAUCCUGGGCUCUCUACAAACUAUGCCUCAGGAUGCUGCCUACAGGAAAUACACUGAGCAACUGAUCAACCAGAGGUUCAACCACGUCAAAGCUGAGCCAGACGUAGAAAAGCUUGAAAAAAAAAUCAACUGUGGACAGAUUGAGGAGGUUAUUGCACAGGCUGAGGCUGAGCUGGCUUUGUCCAGGAAGAUGACCGAAUGGAAACCGUGGGAACCUCUCGUAGAGGAAGCACCGGCGAACCAGUGGAAAUGGCCCAUCUGAAGUCCUCAUGAUCUUCAUGUACAUAUAUUAUGUUUAUGUUAAAUACUGAAUAAAUAAACACUGU